ACAUUAGUCCAAAAGAAUCGUGUGGGACCCGAAAAGAAUCGUGUAAAAACUGCUCAGGCAGUGAAGAUGAAGACGCCAGCUCAUUCUCUUGAUAAGAUUGAGUGCCUCGAUUACCAGAAUAUACCAUACUUGCUUGCCUAGUACACUACUAGUUAUAUUUACACAUAAACACACAGCGUGGAAACCAAAAAAUGGGGAAAAAACAAUCGGAAGCUGAAAUUCUCUCAAGCAAUUCAUCAAACACCUCUCCUGCAACAUUCAAGCUGGUCGGUUUCAACAACUUCGUCCGCGCCAACCCCAAGUCCGAUCACUUCGCCGUGAAGCGGUUCCACCACAUUGAGUUCUGGUGCGGCGACGCCACCAACACGUCGCGGCGGUUCUCGUGGGGCCUCGGCAUGCCUUUGGUGGCGAAAUCGGAUCUCUCUACUGGCAACUCUGUUCACGCUUCUUAUCUUGUUCGCUCGGCGAAUCUCAGUUUCGUCUUCACCGCUCCUUACUCUCCGUCCACGACCACUUCCUCUGGUUCAGCUGCCAUCCCGUCUUUCUCGGCCUCGGGUUUUCACUCUUUUGCGGCCAAGCACGGCCUUGCUGUUCGGGCUAUUGCUCUUGAAGUUGCUGACGUGGCUGCUGCGUUUGAGGCCAGUGUUGCGCGUGGGGCCAGGCCGGCGUCGGCUCCUGUUGAACUGGGCGACCAGGCGUGGUUGGCGGAGGUGGAGUUGUACGGAGAUGUGGUCUUGAGGUUUGUUAGUUUUGGGAGGGAGGAGGGUUUGUUUUUGCCUGGAUUCGAGGCGGUGGAGGGGAUGGCGUCGUUUCCGGAUUUGGAUUAUGGAAUUAGAAGACUUGAUCAUGCGGUGGGGAAUGUUACCGAGUUGGGGCCUGUGGUGGAGUAUAUUAAAGGGUUUACGGGGUUUCAUGAAUUUGCGGAGUUUACAGCGGAGGAUGUGGGGACUUUGGAGAGUGGGUUGAAUUCGGUGGUGUUGGCGAAUAACGAGGAGAUGGUUCUGUUGCCCUUGAAUGAGCCUGUGUAUGGGACCAAGAGGAAGAGUCAGAUACAGACUUACUUGGAGCACAAUGAAGGGGCUGGAGUGCAGCAUUUGGCUUUAGUGAGUGAGGAUAUUUUUAGGACUUUGAGGGAGAUGAGGAAGAGGAGUUGCCUCGGUGGUUUUGAGUUUAUGCCUUCGCCACCGCCUACGUAUUACAAGAAUUUGAAGAAUAGGGUCGGGGAUGUGUUGAGUGAUGAACAGAUCAAGGAGUGUGAAGAUUUGGGGAUUUUGGUGGAUAGGGAUGAUCAGGGUACAUUGCUUCAAAUCUUUACCAAGCCUGUAGGUGACAGGCCUACCUUAUUCAUAGAGAUCAUUCAGAGGGUAGGGUGCAUGCUCAAGGAUGAUGCAGGGCAGAUGUACCAGAAGGGCGGGUGCGGAGGAUUUGGGAAGGGGAACUUCUCAGAGCUGUUCAAGUCCAUCGAAGAAUAUGAAAAAACACUUGAAGCUAAACAAAUCACUGGAUCUGCUGCUGCAUGAGAGUCCAGUUAACAAAAAAAAUUCCUCAAAUGCUUUUACAUUAUAUGACUGCAAAUGUGUAACCUCCAUGUAUAAUAUAAUGUUUUUAAGCCAAACCAGCAUUCACAUAACCUGCUUCCCUCAGGUAUGCACAAAAGAUGGAUUAACAUUGUAUAACUUGCAAGUUGUAUGUUAUUCAUCUUCUCUAAUUUAUAAAGAGAAAUAUAAAAUAAAGUACUAAGCUUUUACCUA